UAACGGUGUUCGGUUUUUCUUCUGUAGCUAUUGUGAAUUUGAUGAUUUUCGCUUCUAAAAGUUUCCUUAUAUUUUUCUGCUGGUACUAACAUUUUCUCAGAAUGGCUACUGAUCCCCAGAUUGUGAUUGACAAAUCAUUGAGAUCCGUGUUCGUCGGGAACAUUCCUUAUGAUGUCACAGAAGAGAAAUUGAAAGAUAUUUUUAGCGAAGCAGGGCCAGUUGUCUCUUUCAAGAUUGUUUAUGAUCGGGAAACUGGUAAGCCAAAAGGUUAUGGAUUUUGUGAGUACCGGGAUCAAGAGACAGCUCUCUGUGCAAUGAGAAACCUUAAUGGCUAUGAAAUUGCUGGCAGGACGUUAAGGGUGGAUAAUGCAUGCACAGAAAAGUCAAGACUUGAAAUGCAAAGUUUGAUGCAGGAAAAAACUACUGAAAGUCCUUAUGGAGAUGUAGUUGACCCAACACAAGCUCCUGAAAUGAUUUCCAAGGCUGUUUCAUCUCUUCCACCAGAACAAAUGUUUGAAUUGAUGCAGCAAAUGAAACAGUGCAUUCAGAACAAUCCGAAUGAAGCACGCCAGAUGCUUCUCCAAAACCCGCAACUUGCUUACGCCCUGCUCCAGGCAUUGGUUGUUAUGCGUGUAGUUGACCCCAACAACGCGCUCAGUAUGCUGCAAAAGGGUCCCGGCCAGACCGACGUGGGAAUGGGAGCACAACACUUCGCAAAAACACCCAACUUUCCAAUACCAAGUAAUGAACCUUGGGUAGCAGGCUCGGGUUCUAGACAAGCACUUCUUGGAGAUCGCCCUUUUGCUGGUCAAGAUUUGGAUUUGCGUCAUGCUGAUCCUCGAAUGGGUCGAGGUGACCAUGAUCUGCGUGUCCCACCAGCUGCUCCCAUGCCCGCAGGAGGAAUAGGAAUGCAACCAACUAUGCAGCAACAGCAGCAACCCAUACGUCCACCACAAACGAUGCCCGAAAUGGAUUCGAGGCGUGACCCCCGUUCAAGUGGUCCAACAGGUCCACGUGAUCCGCGUGCAGGCAUGAGCAGGCAGGGUCCAGGUCCUGGAGUGCCUCCUGUCCCUGUUCCUCAGCCAAACGUUCCCUCGGCUUUAGCUGGUGCUGCACUGAAUGCCCAGACAGCAGCUGCACCUACAGCUGGAGCUAUUGGUCGAGCACUGGGUCCAGGGACGUCAGAUCAAGAGAAGGCGGCUCUUAUCAUGCAAGUCCUCCAAUUAUCUGACGAGCAAAUUGCGUUACUUCCACCAGACCAGCGCCAGAGCAUCAUGGUGCUCAAGGAACAAAUUGCUAGAAGCUCACGUUAAUUCGUCCGAUCUGCUUUUUAACGAGAUAAUCGAAAGAUUUAAUAAAUGCAAGCAAUGAAUUACCAAUAGCAAAAUGAAAUCUUCU